UGCGUGUCCGUCGGUGCGCGCUGCGCGAGAAGAAGCGGGAGCGCCUCGGGGAAGCUGCAUGUAGCCGGCGAGAGGGUGAGGCUCGCGCUCCCUGCCGCCCUCUCUGCCUUGGUUCGCCGCCCUUUCCCGACAGCUUCUGGAUUCCCCCACGGGCCCCUUUCAAAGCGUGCGCGCACUUCUGCUCAGCGCCCCUCGGCAAGAUGCGCCAUCGCAAACUGCUCCUGUGCCUGCUUUUCCUCUCCGCGCCUUGCCUCGGCCUAGCCCGCGGGCUCUUCCUCUUCGGGGAGCCCGAGUUUUCCUACCAGAGGUCCAACUGCAAGCCCAUCCCCGCCUCCCUGUUGCUGUGCCGCGGGAUCGAGUACCCCAAUAUGAGGCUGCCCAACCUGCUGGGCCACGAGACCAUGCAGGAGGUGCUGGAGCAGGCGGGCGCCUGGAUCCCGCUGGUGCAGAAGCAGUGCCACCCGGACACGCGCAAGUUCCUGUGCUCCCUCUUCGCGCCCGUCUGCAUCGUCGACCUGGACGAGACGAUCGAGCCCUGCCAUUCGCUUUGUGAACAGGUGAAGAACAGCUGCGCCCCGGUCAUGUCCGCCUUCGGCUUCCCCUGGCCUGACAUGCUGGACUGCAGCCGCUUUCCCCAGGACAACGACCUGUGCAUCCCACUGGCUAGCAGCGACCACGUCCUCCCGACUCCUAAAGAAGCGCCAAAAGUUUGUGAUGCCUGCAAAAACAAGAAUGAAGAUGACAAUGAAAUUGUAGAAAACCUUUGCAGAAAUGACUUUGCUCUCAAGAUAAAAGUGAAGGAGAUCGCCUACAUCAAUGGGGACACCAAGAUCACUCCAGAAACAAAGAGCAAAACCAUCUACAAGCUGAAUGGGGUGACGGAGCGGGAUCUAAAGAAGACUGUGCUCUGGCUCAGAGGUGGCCUGCAGUGUACCUGUGAUGAGAUGAAUGAUAUCAAUGCACCAUAUUUAGUCAUGGGACAGAGGUUGGCUGGGGAGCUGGUGAUCACCUCCGUCAAGCGAUGGCAGAAAGGCCAGCGAGCCUUUAAGAGGUUCUCACGCAGCAUCCGCAAGCUGCAGUGCUAGUUGCUUGCCGUUUCUGGUCACGUUCCGUCGCCAUGCCUUAAGCUCUUUCGCUUCUUCCUGCCGCAGCCAUAAAUGCACGGCAGCAUGAAAGAGCCGCUUCUUUUAAGAAGAACAGAGACUCCCCCUCCUCAUUUUGUACAUAUCAUAAACUAUAAUUGCUCAAAUCAUGAUUUUCCUUAUGUAUAAUUGUUUUCAACAUGUGUGGUUUAGAUCUGUGCAAAAUGUCACUGACCUUUAAUUAUUGAUAUUGGAUUUCCGUUUCAAGCGGUACCUUCUGUCUGGCUAACAUUUCUGCAUGGGUUAUAUGUUCAUUGGGGCACUGGAGUCAACUUGUAGGGUUUGGUUUUGUUCAAGGGGAAAAAAAAAAGCCAUCACAAUGUGGGAGAUAACAAUGCCCAAGUUUGAUUAAGUUGGAGUUACUUUUAAAGUUUGCAUUUAAAGACAAACUUUAUUUAAAACACUUUACUCUUACAGACAUUCAGAGAUGGGCACAAAGAGCUCAAGAAUGUCAUGAGAGUUUCUUUCCCCAAAUACUCUGCAGAAUUAUACAUGCUUAAGGCCUCUAAUGUCUAUGAGCUUGGAGUGCACUCAGUUGCAAUCUCAUGCACACUCGUUGGGAGGUGCCAUUGCACUUUAUGGGACUGGCUUCUGGCAACAUAAAGUGAGUUGCACUGGAAGCUUGCUAUGGACCAGUGUUUCUCAACCUUGGGAACUUUCAGAGGGGUGGACCUCAUGCUGGCUGGGGAAUUCUGGGAGUUGAAGCCCACCCCUCUUAAAGUUCCCAAGAUUGAGAAACACUCCUGUCGACUGUAGCCAUUACAGUGUCUUGUUUUGCCUUUGAGUAUUAGGCCUAAUUUUAUCUAGUCGGGAAUGUGUCUAGUUUUAUUCAUUAUAGAGAAAUUAUCCAUGCGCAUGUGCUGCUUGUGCAAGAACUGCAUCAAUAAAGGCAUGUUAAUCAUUUGCACACAGUAUUUUAUACAAAGCUGUAGUACUAAUUGUUUUAAAUGGACUGAAUAUGCAUUUGAAGUGCUCUAUUUGGUGCUUCACAAAUUAAAGCUUUCUUUAGCCUAACUGUAAAGUAAGUAGUGGUUAUUUGAAAAAAGAGUUGUAAAAUAUUUCUUUAACAACCUUUGUAAAUAUUCCAGAUAAACCUUAUAUUCUUGUACAUAAACUUUACAUCACAGUUUACACUUUGUCGUGUUUUUAUCCUCAGGUUUUGUGAAAAGAGCUGUUAUAUCCAUAGGAUCCAUUUUUAUUUUACCCAUUUUUUUAGUCCAUGUAAUA